AUGCCCCAGCAACUCGUAUCUUCAUCGUCAGCCAGCACAUCGCCCUGUAGUCGCUCUCCCCGCCCUUCCUUCGUUUUGACUCCUCCCGCUCGUGACAUUCCCUGCCUCCCUCGCCCUCUCGUCUCGCCUCGAUCUACGUAUUCCAAAUCCAAGUCUGUCCGCUCGGGCCUGGUGCCGAGUUGUGUGCCCCGUCCUUCAUCCUCCUCGCCUACGAUUAUCCCCAUAUGCAAACUCCUCAAUCUCGUUUCGUCAUCUACGGAUUGUUUACCCUAUGCACCAUUCCUUUCACUUACCCCUUCGUACGAUGAGACUCAUGAUCCGCCACCUUCGACCCUGUCCCCUUCGUCGCUGAUAGCAGAUUCGUCAAUGCAUGUGCUUUCAUCGAACUUGGUGCGAAUAGUAAGCCCGCCUCAAGCAACUCCCGACUCCGCUAGCGAGGAAGAGCUGGAGCAGCCAGCACCUGCGACCAAGGCACCCUCAGCUUCAGGAUCAGCAGCGAAAGCACGCGCGCGUCAGACUCGGAGUUCGCGUGCGGCGCCCAUUCGUUCAAACACUACCAAGGCCAACAUACAAGUAAUGGGCGCGUAUAAGCCGGUCGACCGUAAGAUACGCCCCGUACCUGGGAUAUUCCCGCAAGAGGCAGCCGUCGAACGCCGAAUACCAGAAGACCCGCUGCUUUCGCUACCAACACUGCCAACACACCCGCCGGAUUUCGAGCCCACCGAGCGCCUCACACGCGAAAGGCUGGAACUCGUUAAGCUCAACGAGGAUGGUUUCCUGCUACCCGAAGAGGUCAAACUCUUCGAAUACAUCUUACGGCUAUGCGACAAGUCGCUGGCAUUCAGUGACGAAGAACGAGGUACGCUUCGUCAAGAUUACUUCUCGGAUUAUAUAAUCCCAACCGUACCGCACAUCCCUUGGACUCACAAAAAUAUACCCAUACCUCCAGGGAUCGAACCUCAAGUCAUCGACAUGCUACGCGAAAAGAUACGAGCAGGCGUAUACGAGCCCGCCCAGUCCAGCUAUAGGUCGCGAUGGUUCUGUGUGGUCAAGAAGAACGGUAAGCUCCGCAUCGUGCACGACCUACAAACACUGAAUGGUGUUACGAUAAAAGAUGCAGGAGUGCCGCCUCACCUAGAUCACUUCGUGGAGAAGUACGCGAACCGAGCUUGCAACACAGUGUUUGACUUGUUCUGGGGUUUCGAUGCUCGGCGCAUACACCCAAAAAGUCGCGACACGACCGCUUUUCAGACUCCGUUGGGCGCCCUUCGGUUGACGGCAAUGCCCAUGGGCUUCACAAACUCGCCCGCUGAGUUCCAGAAUUGCAUGGUCUUCAUCCUGGGACCGGAAAUCCCAGACGUAGCUAAUAUAUUUAUUGACGACCUUGCCAUUAGAGGACCCGAGACUACGUACCCCGAUGCAGAGGGAAACCCGGAGUUGUUGGAAGCAAACCCAGGUAUAAGACGCUUCAUCUGGGAGCACGCUCACGAUGUCCUACGAGUAAUGCAUCGUAUCAUGUGUGCGGGUGCCACGUUCAAUCCGCUUAAGGCUCAGAUCGCUAGGAAGGCCGUAGUGAUACUCGGACAGACCUGCACGCCCGAAGGGCGCCUAGUCGAGCGCCAGAAAGCAGAAAAGAUAUCAGAGUGGCCUACUCCGCGCAACCCAACUGAUGUCAGAGGAUUCCUGGGCCUGUGUGGAACAGUGCGGAUCUGGAUAGCAGACUACUCACGCAUCGCGCGACCUCUCACCGCGCUCACUCGGAAAGACAUAGACUUUGUUUGGAGCGAUGCGUGUCAAGAAGCCUUCGAUAAGCUCAAGGAGAAGGUAACCGCAGCUCCCGCACUUCGAUCGAUUGACUACACGUCUCACCGGCCGAUCAUCCUUUCAGUCGACUCAAGCCACAUAGCAGUAGGGUUCAUUCUUUCGCAACUUGAUGAAGAAGGGCGCCGCAGGCCAGCACGCUAUGGUUCUCUCCCAAUGGGAGAUACAGAGAGCCGCUACUCUCAGGCUAAGUUAGAACUGUAUGGACUCUACCGAGCGAUCAAGGCCUUCUCAAUUUACUUGGUAGGAGCUCAUCCACUAUUUGUUGAGGUAGACGCUGCAUACAUCAAGGGCAUGCUCGCUGCGCCCGACCUACAACCAUCAGCUUCGAUCAAUCGAUGGAUUCAAGGGAUCCUCAACUUCGACUUUACGCUUGUACAUGUACCCGGGAAGGAGUUCUCAGGGCCCGAUGGACUGUCUAGGCGCACUCCCAACCCAUGGGAUUUUGUAUCGGAGGACGUAGAAGAUACAGAGAACUUUGUGCUAUAUGCAAUGCCUGGAGACCCCAUGCGAACGUUCAAGCCCAGUCGGGAGCAGCCUGUGCCAUAUGUACGCGCUGCUACUUCAGAAGUGACGAGUGCUGUUUCAGCUGUACAUGUAUAUGCUGCCCGUGUAGACAGCCAGCUCAGCGACAUUCUGAGCUACCUCCGCGACAAUCGCAAACCAGCCUGGAUAUCUAGUGACAAAGAGCAGCGCCAGUUUGAAGCCAAGGCAAUUCGCUUCUUCAUUCGCGAUGACGCACUCUUUCGCAGAAGGUUGGGACGGAUACCGCAGAAGGUCAUAUUUGAACAGGAUACCCGAAGAAAGAUCCUUGAAGGUGCGCAUGAAAGAGCCGGCCAUCGAGGUAUAGAGGCAGUCACACAGACAGUGAAACUCCGAUUCUACUGGCCGGACCUUGAAACCGAUGUUGCCAACCAUGUCAAAUCAUGUCAUGAAUGUCAGAUUCGGCAAACAGCUCAGUGGAAAAUCCCACCCACUGUCUCAGCACCCACGCGGAUAUGGGAGAAGGUGUACAUCGAUGUCAUGUUCAUGCCCAAAGCCCAGGGCUAUCGCUACAUUGUGGCCGCUCGUGAUGAUCUUACUCGUGUAACAGAAGGCCGCGCACUUCGGACGCUCUCUGCCAAGAACCUGGCCAACUUCUUCUGGGACCAGAUAUACACCCGGUAUGGUGUGAUCUCUCAAGUAGUAACUGACAACGGUAGUGAGGUACAGAAGGCCUUCGCCUGGAUGAUGGAGCGGUUAGGUGUCCCACACGUUCACAUUUCACCUUACAAUCCCCGCGCUAAUGGAGUCGUAGAGAGAGGACAUUUCAUCCUCCGGGAAGCCAUAGUCAAAGCUUGCCAAGGAAAGAUAGAGCGAUGGCCAGAGCAUGUGGCAGCAGCACUAUAUGCGGAUCGUAUCACUGUCUCACGCCAGACAGGUUAUUCCCCCUACUUCCUGUUACAUGGUCGUCACCCCACAUUGCCCAUGGACCUCACCGAAGCAACGUUCUUGGGCAGACCCUUUAGUUCGCAUAUGACUACGGAGGACCUUCUCGCAUAUAGAAUCCGCCAGGUCCAGCGUCUACCUGCAGAUCUAGAAAAGGCGGCCGCCUGUCUCAAGGGGCAUCGUUUACGUUCAAAGGCUCAAUUUGAGAAGCAGUUUCGCUUGCGCCUCAUGACAAAGGUGAUGAACCCUGGAGCUCUGGUGCUCGUAGCUAACUCUUCAACCUUUCGAUCACUCAACAAGAAGGCUAAGCCGCGCUACAUAGGCCCAUAUCGUGUGGUGCGCAGAAAUCCCCAAGGCGCAUACAUCCUAUGCGAGCUGGAUGGAACAACCAUCAUGUCAAAGUUUGCAGCCAUUCGUGUGGUGCCGUACAUCGCUCGAGACCCUGAUGCAAUUCGCGCGCUCACCGCAGAUGAAACGCCACAGGAUCCCACACUAGAAAAGGAUGUUCUGGAACAGGCACUUACGGACGACUCAGAAAGUGAGACAGAGGAUGAGACCUCAGACGAGUCCGAGUAG